UUCCACUUCCUGGCGCUUCAGGUAAAGCAUGUCAAAAACCUGACAACUCGUAGAGCAGGUUGUUCUCCUCGCUGAAGCAGGGAUAUAAAAACCCUGACGCUUCCCUCUCCAGACAUAAAGCUGCAUCAACAAAGUCAAGAAAGAACGUUUUUACUUCAACAACUUGUUCUCCCAGCAGGAGCCGCUGACAUGAAGCUGGGGCUGCUGGCUGUGUUGGCUGUGGCCGUUCUGCUGCCCAGCCUGUCCGAGGGCAGGACUGUCUCCAGAUGUGAGAUGAAAAAAUCUCUGGAGGGGGAUCUCAAACUGCCAGAACGACUGGAAAAGUACAAGGAGAAGAUCCUGGCCAUAUUAAUCUGUGAGGUGGAAAGUAGGUCCGGUCUGCAAACUGACCUGGUCACGGUGCUCGGUAAACGCCAAACUACGACAGUCAAGCCAACCAUGGUCCCAAUUGUCAUUGAAGUCGACGUGACAGAACCUCCUAAACCUGAAACCGUUAAACCCACGAUCGAUGAAGGACCAGCGAUAACUGAGCCAUUGGAGCUGAUCAAUGAAACUCACAAGGAAAGACCAAAGCGUGACGCUGAUUUGUCAGAGGAAGACCCCAGCCUGGAAGAUCUCUUGGAAGAGUUCAGCGAGGAACAGGACGAGGACGAGGAGGAGGAGGACGACAGCUCAAGCAAGAAUGACGACAGUGCAAACCAAGAGCUCACAACCGAUGCUCUCAGCGGUGAACGUAAGAAGCGCUCCCCCAGUCGUGAGAGGAAGCCAAUGAAGCCAAGGAAGCCCAAGAGGCCCAAGAAGCCCAAGUCUCUCGGCCUGUACGGGAUCUUCCAGUUCUCCGAUAAGAUCCACUGUGAUUCAGGCUAUAACUUGUCGAAUAACGUUUGCCAAGCUGACUGCAGAGACUCCUUCACCGAUGACGACAUCAUGGACGACAUUGAGUGCCUUGUGAAGAGCAGCCACUGGCUGUCCUUUUUGAAGUACAGCAGUACGUGUUUUCAUUCAACCAGGAAGUUCUUCAAUGACUGCCAAUGAGCAGCAGACACGCUGACUACCUGCAGGAAAUCACAGCAAAACAAUAAAAAAGUGAAGUCUUUUUAGAAAUGGGUGAUGUUUCUUUAACGAAGCUGCUUUGUUCUGGUUUGAUUGUGUUUGAAUUUGAUUUGAUUGAAUUUGUUCAUUUGUUUCACAUGUUGAGUCAGUGACGAGUUUGAAAAUAAAAAAAGCAAACAAAGAAAA